GGGGGAGGGGGGGUUGUCACAGAAUUGUUUCCGGGUUGCUGGAUGACCUUGAGGGCUUAGCGGCAGGAUGGCGGCUCUUGGGAGGUUGGUUGUCCUCUGUGGUGCCCAAGGAGGCCGAGCUCUGUUCCUCCGAACCCCAGUGAUCAGACCUGCUUAUGUCUUAGCGUUCCUCGAGGACCGGUCCACCCAAGGAGUGCAGCACAUUCACCUGUCCCCCAGCCGCUAUACUAGUUCCAAGGCUGCAUCUCUUCACUGGACUGCUGAGAAGGCUGUCAGCAUUUUGAUCCUGGGCCUCCUUCCAGCCGCUUAUUUUACUCCUUGCUCUGUAGUGGACUACUCCCUGGCUGCAGCAGUCACUAUCCAUAGUAAAUGGGGCCUUGAAGAAGUUAUUUCUGACUAUGUCCCUGGGAAAGCAUUACAGAAAACUGCCAAGGCAGGCCUUGUGACACUCUUGGCAUUAUCCUUUGCUGGGCUUUGUUAUUUCAAUUAUCAUGAUGUGGGUAUCUGCAAGGCUGUUGCCAUGUUGUGGAAGCUCUGACUGUAUGUAUGAGCUUUUGCUUUUUCAUUUACAAUCUGCUAAUGGGAACUCAGUUUUAUUACUCUCCAUACAUUGUGAUCACUCUUCUAUAUUUGCCUUGGGAAUGAUUGACAAAGGGAAAGACUGUUAAUAAAAUAAAGACUUUGCAGAAAAUUAGAUUCUGUUUAAUUUUUUAAAAUUUCUCUGUAUAGUUGAUACCAGCUAUAAUGGUUACAUGUUCCAAGGAAACUUUAAAAUUAGGAAAUGCUGACAUCUCACAUUACUAAUUUCUAAAUGCGAGGAGGAAGAGCUUGGAGAGCUUCUAGUUUCAUUUAGGGAAGAGGUCCCUCUUGUUGACCUUUCAAAAUAUUUCUCAUUCUGUACUGAGACUUAUCCUUCAAAAGUGUUUAUUUUACUUGACCUUAAAUGAAAUGUCCAUAAAUAUAAAACAAUGAAGUAAUUGUUAUUUUCCCACUGUAGGAAUCUCUAAUGUCGGAAUGUAUUUAAAAAUAUCUUUUUCUUUAAAUAAAAUGCUGUAUAAUAAA